AUGGGAGACGUGUUUAGUGGGAGUCAUCCUUCUGGCCCUUCGCACUCGGAAGCAGUCCCGCCGGGCGUCUUGCUGCCCUCUUCUCGUGUGCAGUCGGCAAGGUCGUCUGCGGCGGAACAGAACGACCACCAGUACCCGCUGAGCAACGUGAUCGCAGAUGACAGCCCCGAUCUCAUCGCCCCCGUCGCGGGCUCGGUAACUCAACCGCCACGAUUCUCCCGUGGCGACUCGGUGGAAAACGCACGAGGCCUGACACCCAUCUCCGAAGACACACGGCCCGAAAGCGAACAGCUGGAAGAGCAAGGGAAAAGCUCGCAGACGCUGAAGGAGCUUCGAAGGCAGAUGGAGGAACUUCUUGUAUACCAACAGAUGCAACAACACCAUAACCAAGCCGGGGCCGCCAAUCAGUCCGCGACUGGUCACUCUAACGAUACACCAAAGAGACGACGGCUGUCCAACGUGAACACGGAAGUGCCCUUGACGAUAGUGGAACCCUCGUCCGGGUCGGUGGGAUCCGCAGGCACCAUCAAAGCUGAUGACAGCUAUGGUUCAACGACGAAUGACCAUGCCAAUUUCCAAACCCCCUCCUAUCCCUUCCCACGAGUCCCAAGUUUUCAUCCGGAGUUUGACCAGCCAGGUCGCUCGGGCCAAUUUCGGUUGAAGCUACCCUCGGAGAGGCUUCGGUCAUCAACUCCUGCCUCGCAAGGGUCCGGAGACCAGCAACUCCCUCCGCAAACGUUCAGUGCUCAACCCGCUUUCAUCCCCAACAACGCGGAUGUUCCGGCCGACGACUCGGAUUUCCCUACGCCCAACCUAUACGAUCUGUCGCUCAGACUGAAUGCCGAGCCGGGACUGGAUGCCUGGUGGUCCAACCUGACGGAGAUUUUUCAGACAUACUAUGGGGCAGAACGGAUCUCUCUGGCUGUCCCAGGGGAUUUGACAGAUCUUGAAAAUGUACCUUGGGGUCAGAAGGCGGUUUUCAACCAGAACGUGGCGUCGAUACAACCGGAUCCACAAUCACCAGUAGCAACGUCUGGUCGCAGGACUUCGGAUGUCACUUUGGGUACACGAGCUCAGUAUGAAGACGUGCCUCAUGGCUAUCAUCCCGGGCCCAGGCUGACCCCAGGGGGAAAGAGUCCAAUGCCUGCACGACCAUCUCUGGAGUCACGUCAUUCUUUUGCCGGUUUCGGGGAUCACAAAAGACCUGCUCUGACAUCAGAAUGGGAGCGGAACCAGCAAACCCCCAAGGCCUCAUCAAGAGGAGAAAAGAAGCCCGCUCGCACUGUCGGAUCUUCACAUGCGACAGACAUCUCAGCGGGUCCUAGCAGUCACCAAUUCUCCUCCGCUCCGCCCGAGUUUCACGAUAUGGCCAACGUGGCGGCGCCUCACCUACGAAACGCCGUAUUCCCUAUUCCCCGACCCCUUGAAAUGGAGCAGGACCCGCUGGUGAAGCGAGCUGGGGUAGUGAAGUUGUUUGGGCGAAGUACACCCGUUGUCCUCACCCGCGAAUACUCUGCCGAUGCGAUUGGCAAUUUUGCGGGUGACAAUGCCAUCCCCCGAAGCCCGCACGAGAGCCUGCAGAGAACUCCGAAUACAGAGAGUCCGGAUCAAGUGCUGUCGUCGGCUCAUGGUCAAAAAGCGCCAACGUAUCGAGUCGGUGCUUUCGGAUCCCGAGACUACGACGAGUACGAGCAAAUACCACAGUCGCCAUGGUCGCAAUCUCCGGCACCUUCGCCGGCACCUCGAACCCAUGCGGACCAAAACCCUUUUUUCACGUCCCAUACGGUCGAUGAAGGCGCUUUCUCAAAUAACCCGCCCCAUCAUGACUAUUCUAAUUCGCGUCCGUUAGAGGCUAUCGGGGUGGAUUACUCCAAGACCGUCGUUCACGUUCCUUUACUUCAUGGCGGUUACCCGAAUCCGGGCUCCUUUUCGACCUUGAGGUUUCCAGUCGCGGUCAUUUCAAUGCUUUCCACCAUCGUGCCGUAUCCCGCCAAUCUUCGUCACUCUCUUACCCACUUUAUGCCACAUCUUACGUCCUCAUUCUGUCUUGCACAGCACUACAGUCAGUUGGAGCGUCAACUAGCGUCAAAAAUGGAAAUCCCUCGCUUUGGUCACCUGCUUGGACUUGGCGGCACGUUUUCAGACGCGAGUAGUGAACUGGAACUUGUGGCUGGGUUAAGUGGUCACAUGAAUUAUGCGACUGGCGAUGAUAGUUCAAUGUCUGCACAAGCGAGUAUGACGAGCCCCAGCGAUCGAUCAUCCAACAAAUUCAGCCCAGCCAUCUCCGGACUCGGCACUCCUGGCUUCGAGCUUGGCCACCUGGGUCUCAAUUCGGCUGCUCAGUCUCCGGCCGUGUUCGCUCGUACAGGGGAACAUAUUGACAGCUACUUUCAUGUCCAGCACGUGAGGUCAUCUCGUGAUGGCGGACCAGCUCAGCGAUCUCGACUGUCCAAACCCAAGUCUUCAUUAUCAACAUCCACGCCUACUUCUCCAGGGCGAUUGCCAAGUAAGACGGGCAACACCGAAGAAGAUAACCCUGGCCAAGAUUCAGCAUCGAAUGUGACAUCUCCCACACAAGACUCGCGCUCUCAGCAGGUUCUCCCUCCUAAUCAACCUUCACGGCAAGGGUCGACGAAUUCCUUUUAUACUCAACUACACCGGGAGAUACCGCGUCCAUUCUCAGACACAAUCGCCCAAUUAAUGUUAAACUCCGUGCCUCUCCAUCUCUUCUUGGCCAAACCGCAGAGCGGCGAAGUCAUCUGGACCAAUGCCAAGUUCGACGCGUACCGUCGAGGAAAACCUCAGGAACAGCGACUGCGAGAUCCGUGGCAAAACAUUCACAGCAGUGAGCGAGAGCACGUCUCCAGUCAGUGGGCGAACGCCCUGCGCACAGGCUGUCAAUUCACCGAACGAGUGCGUGUGAGACGGUUCAACGAUGAAAGUGCGUAUCGAUGGUUUAUCUUCCGUGCGAAUCCUCUCCUGUCAUCAACGGGCGAAGUUCUGUAUUGGAUCGGGUCGUUCCUCGACAUACAUGAGCAGCACAUUGCCGAAUUGAAAGCUACCCAGGAACGGGAGAAAUUCGCGACGGAUGCCAAGUACCGUGCGUUCUCGAACUCGAUACCACAAGUCGUGUUUGAGGCAACGGAGAACGGAGGACUGAUCUUCGUGAAUGAGCAAUGGAAUCUCUACACGGGUCAAAGUCUGGACGAAGCGUUGAAUCUUGGUUUUGCCAAGCAUGUUCACCCGAACGAUCUGGAAAAAUGCGGAGGAUUGGUUACGCAAGCAAACAAAUCAAUCACAUCCGACGAGGCUGAGUUCAGAGUUAAUGGCGAGCCAGUCAAAUCCCCCUCUGAAAAUCAUCGUGUCUCGUCUGCCCUCGACGAACUAGUAAGGCGUGGUGUUGCUUCUUUACAGAAAGACGAGAACGGUCGUGUCUUCUACUCCACCGAGAUCCGUCUGCGAUCACGGGGCGGCGACUAUCGCUGGCAUCUUGUCCGCCUUGUUCGUGUUGAAACGGGCAGCUUUGGAAGUGAAGAAGCAUCAUGGUAUGGCACCUGUACUGACAUCAACGACCGUAAGAAUCUGGAGCGCGAACUCAAUAAAGCCAUGACUCAACUCAACAAUCAAAUGGAGUCGAAGACCAAGUUUUUUAGCAACAUGUCUCACGAGAUCAGGACGCCCCUCAAUGGAAUCCUGGGAACAAUCCCAUUCAUCCUGGACACACAGCUGGACACAGAUCAGCGACGCAUGCUCGACACUAUUCAGAACAGUUCUACCAACCUGCGGGAACUGGUGGAUAACAUUCUGGACGUCUCACGUGUUGAGGCUGGUAAAAUGUCCAUGGUCAACUCUUGGUUCCAUGUUCGGUCUAUGAUUGAAGAUGUGAUCGAUACCGUUGCAUCGCGGGCCAUCGACAAGGGCCUUGAGAUCAAUUACCUGAUGGAAGCUAACGUGCCCUCCAUGGUCAUUGGAGACCGGUUCCGAAUCCGUCAAGUGUUGAUCAACCUGGUGGGUAACGCCGUCAAGUUCACCACCCAGGGUGAGGUGUACAUUCGCUGCAACCUCGAUCGUGAACUGACAGCGAAGCUCAAGAAUACCGAGGCUUUCUUGAGUUUCGAUGUCGUGGAUACCGGAAAAGGCUUCAGCUCACAAGACGCUGAACGUCUCAUGCAGCGCUUCAGUCAGCUUGGUGAGAACGGCUCGCAGCAACAUGCCGGGAGUGGGUUGGGCCUAUUUUUGUCCAAACAACUCGUCGAAAUGCAUGGUGGCAGACUGAUACCGAGUAGCAAGGAGGGCCAGGGAGCCCAAUUCUCAUUCAACGUCAAGGUUGAUGCACCCCCGCCCCCAUCACCCGCUGAGCGUCCUUCACUUCUUCGCCAGGCGUCGACUAUUUCAAGGAGGCCGACAACGUCCAGGACGACUUCAUACGAGCAGAGCAACUUGCUGGCACCAAGAAACCACGACCACAUCCUCAAUAUGGCAAGCCUAUCACGUGGACUGGAGUCCCCUGGCUUCGAGUUAGGUCCCUCAGGCUUGUAUCCGUCGUCCGCUGUGUCAUCCGCAUUGCCGACACCGGACUUGCAGACACCCUCGCCCCCGGUGCCUACAAUGAAUGUGCAGUCUUCCGACGAGUCCUCAGAUACACCGUCAGCCGCACCGGUCCGUUUGCCCAAACUGCCUUCACAAGGCUCCACCACGGCAGCACCAGGUUUGUCAUCACAGGCUGCACUGUCAAUCAUGAUUCUCUGUCCACUGGACAACACGCGAAAAGCCACCAAGCAGCAUAUCGAACAAGUGGUUCCUCAUGAGAUUCCAUUCACAGUCACCACCUUGGCCGAUAUUGACGAAUGGAAAGACCUGAUGCAGUCAGGUUCCGGAUCCGAUUGUACUCAUCUCGUUCUCAACCUGCCAUCAACUGACGACAUUUUUGAAGUCAUUCAAUUUGUGUCUAACCGUCAACCGGAGAUCUCUCCCGUGGUGGUGAUAAUUUCGGACUUGUACCAAAAACGACAGAUUAGUGGACGAGUCAAGGACUUGGCUGCUACAGGCAAACACGUGUUCAUCGUGCCGAAGCCGGUGAAACCUUCUGCAUUCUCAACUAUUUUUGACCCCGACAGCAAGCGUGAAUUGAGCAAGGAUCGCAAUCAAGAUAUGGCGCGUGAGAUCAACAAUAACUUCAAGACUGUCUCGAAGAUGGUGAAAGAGGUGCUCGGCAACAAGGGCUACCGUGUCUUGCUGGUAGAAGAUGACGAAACAAACCGGGAUGUCAUGCUUAAAUAUCUCGACAAGAUCAAAUUGAUGUCCGAAACAGCGUCCAACGGCCAGGAAUGCACGGACAUGGUGCUUUCGAAGGAACCGGGAUACUACUCUCUCAUCAUCUGCGAUAUUCAAAUGCCCAUCAAGAACGGCUACGAUACCUGUCGGGAGAUUCGAGCAUGGGAGCAGAAGAAUCACUACCCUCAAAUACCGAUCAUGGCGUUAUCGGCAAAUGCGAUGACGGAUCAGAUCGAGAAUGCUGCUCGGGCCGGUUUCAACGAUUAUGUCACCAAGCCUAUCAAGCACAAUGAACUGGGCAAGAUGAUGAUGGGUUUGCUCGAUCCUAGUCGACCUCUAUCUCUGCUUCGAGAUCGCCUUCAUGGGGGUGAGGUGGAGCCGUCCCAACCGAGUCGUCGCUAG